AUGUCCGAUCUCAAGUUCACAAACUCAACCCAACCGGUGCCCCCCGCCGCGAACCUGAAAACAGGAUUCGUCAUCGCCGCCAACCCCUCCACGGACGUCUGGGCAAAACCCCCUUCCACCCACCGCUUCAACGGGCCCAUCCUCCACAAGACAGCUCCCCUCUCCAGCUUCCAGCGAUCCAGCGUACACAUCCAUGGCGAGUGGACGACCCUCUACGACCAGGGCGGGCUGAUUCUGGUCAUGAACGGCGCCAACGGGACGCAGAAGUGGGUCAAGGCUGGCAUCGAGUUUGUCGACGACAAGCCGUAUGUUAGCGUCGUGGCGAAGGAUCAGUGGGCGGAUUGGAGUCUGUUUCCGCUGACGCCUGGGGAAGGGGCGGGCGCCAGUGCGCGGAUUGAGAUGGCUCGGGAGAAGGAUACGUCAUUGUGGAUUUAUUUGGUUGAGGGCGGGGAGAGAAGACGGAUUCGUCAGAUUACCUGGGCAUUUGCGGACGAGGAGAGGGUUGCGGAGUGUUGGGCUGGGGUGUAUGCGGCGAAGCCGGCGAAGGAAGGUGGUGAGCUUGUGGUUACUUUUAAGGAGUUGGACAUUGAGCUAUCGGCAUGA